AUGACCUCUAUAAACCAUCACAAUAACUUGUGCCUUGUCACCCUUCCCUUCCCUUUUUCCACCGCUUGUCACUGCCCUGACCAUGUGCCGCCUAGUGAGCUUGACAAGAAAUUUGAUGAAAAUAAAAUGUGCGAAAUUACCUCAAAUAACAACCCUACUAACAUCCUUAAUAACCUCUGCUCUGGCCUUCAGACUUUCCUCGGCUUCAACAAAGAGUCCAAAGGCUACAAUGGCACUGGCAUUGUGUAUUCUGACUUGGACAGGCUGUGUGACGGGGUGAUGGGAUUUUUGAGUGGUGUGCUUGGUGCGGUGAAAAACGAAAAUGAAGUGACAACUUAUGAUGAUUACAUGCCUGAUACUAAUAAACUUCAAAAAGUACUAGACACCUUAACUACUAAAAUUGGCUCCGGGCGUAAUGGGCUUGCGGCGUCUGUCGACGCGGUGAGGGAGUGGUUGGGGAAAUAUCUCCUUGAAUCAGGUAAGCGAACUAGUACAGUUACCGGCAAUUUAGGUAGGUUGAAAGAUGAAAUUGCAGGUAAAUACACUCAUGAUGUUGCAGGUAACGCCGACAAGAAACUGGAGGACCAGUUGACCAAGUGGAAGACAACCCUCAAUGACAUCGAGCUGGACGUUAAUACCAUUGAUAACUCAUAUGUUAAUAUGCUAGAUAGUACAUUAAAACGUGAUGUGAUGCGUGAGGUGAAAACAAUUAGAAGUGCAAUUUGGUCGUUGCAGGAGAGCGCUGGCAAGGAGGAUUUCAAGAGACAGGCGGCGUAUGUUGAUAAGCAGUUGGAAUGGCACAGGGAGAAUGUCAAUAAGGCCAUAAACGAUGGCACAGACAAUGUGAAAUACAUAUUGCAUACUGAGUUCAGUGAGCUAGAAAAGAAAAUAAAUGAGCUGACUGUGGCUAACGAAGAGAGGUUUGGACAUAUCAGAGUGGCGGUUGAUUUCGCCAUUAGCCACGUUAAGAACUUCGACAGAACGUACAAGGAUGUGAUUACAGAUGUGAUGUCAGCCGUUAAAAAGGAAAUUAAAGAUAUCAAUCCUCACGAUGAGAUUGCUGGUGCCUCUGGUGGUAAAUCAAGGUUCCGUCAGGAUGUUAGCGCAAUCAAAACGGCGGUGCUUUCAGUGGGAGGCGAAUUGGAGGGCUAUGUUGAACGAUUAAGAAAGUGGAUAAGUGGCGUACAUAAGCUAAUUAAUUACAUAAGGAGUAUAUAUGUCGACAAAAUGCUUAGUAAGGAGUUGUGGAAGCAGAGUGGAUACACCAUCGGAGCAAAAGCAGCCGAGAUGAAACAGUGGGAGAGGGUACUUCAGAAACAUAUAGCUGACUUGAAACAUGAAAUACUCGAGAGGGCUAAGACAGCGUCAAUAGCAAUGAACGAUUUGGAAAAAGUUUACCAAUCUAAAUUAGUGAAGGUUAGAGACGACGUUAAAGGUGCGGUAGCUGAUGUAAAUAAAAAGAUCGGAGUGCUUGGAGCAAUGUUCAGUAAUGCCAGAAACAAAGAUUCCAUACAUGGAAUAUUUUCGCAUAUUGGAGGAGAGGUUGGCGGGAUGGCGGGAGAGUCAGGGCUCAAGGGGAUCGAUAGUGGGAUUAAGAGCUAUGCAACGACGUUCACGCAGUCUCGGUUUGAGGAGAAAAUUCUGGACGUGUGGAUCGAUGGAAUAUUAGAAAACGAACCAGUUAAAGAAUUGCUUGAUGACUAUCUUGGAGAAGAUGAUAAUAAGAAGUAUUUAAACAAUGGUUAUAAUUCCUGGCAGAAGGCUGUUUGCGACGCCUUUGCCAAGUCGCUUGGAAAAGGGAUUACGAAUAAGUGUCAUGCCAUGAGGUCACAUGUCGAGACUACAAUAAACAAGAAUGCAGCCGAGUCGAAAAAUAGUUCCAGUCUUUAUCGUGCUAUCCAACUCACUCUCUACCAACUAGUCGGCGUGGCCAGACAGACUGCAACAGCUGUAGAAUCUUUCGCUGAAGAUUCCAAAAUGAUACAUAUCUUAAAACAGACAUUUGUAGACGCUACGCAGCUUAAUAGUCAGCUUCAACAAACGGUGCAGAGCUCAGGCGAUACUAAUCCCGCUGAAGAUAUUGACAAAGCGAUUGAGGCUGUCAAAACGAAGGUUACUGGUAUUGCGAAAAUCCCAGGCGGGUCAAUGAAAGGUAUUGAUAACUAUGAGGAGAAAAAAAGGGGAUUAAAUCACGCCAUUACUGCCAUCACAACAUCCGUUAAUGCUCUCAACGUAGAUGGUACGAAUACUGAGCUGGGAAGAUGGUCGGAAGCUAUUGAAAAAAAUCUUAAUAAGCUGACGACAGCAUUGGAGAAAACUGCGCACUACAUGGAUACGCACCUCACCACUCUGCAAACCGAGAAGAUCGAUGGCGAACUAACGCAGAUCCUAUUGGCUCUGAACUCGCUGCAUAUCGAUGAGAUAACAAAUACAGGAAGAAUACAAAACGCCAUUAACUCCGUCCUUGCGUUAAUUAAGGAUCUGGAGACGGUUCCCCAAAAAGUGGAUGAAAAAAGGGGAGAGGUCGAAGAGCUUAUGGAAAGGUUGAAGAAUCAAUUGAAUGGACUUAUUUACGACAUCAACCAAAAUAUUAAGAAUGCCUUCGAUGCGUUAACAACGGCCAUAAGUGCAGUAAAGCAUGCUUACAAUCAUGCCUAUCACACUGCUAUGGACGCCGUCCAAACUCUCAAACAUGACCUACUUUACAUCGCCAAAAAUGCUUUUGAUUCCGUAACUGCUGACGUUCGGAAAUUAUUUGCCGAGCAGAAAAUAGCGGACCUAUCGGCUCUUAAAACUGUCGUGGAAAGGCGGUGCGACGACAUUACAGCCACAAUGGACAACGAUGCUUCGAGAGGAAUUAAACGUUUGCUUUGGAAUAUGGAUAGACAUUAUGCUAACCUUUCGCAGAUGCCUAUUCAAAUCGAAUUGAAGGACGCAUCUACAUAUGUCAACAGGUAUUUUGAUCCUUUACUGAAGUACGUCAUCGACGAAGUACACCCCGACGUUAAUAACCUCGAUCAUGUCAACGAUAAAUUCAACGUCUUGAUUAAACACCUCACGAAUGAAAAUGACUCUAAAAUAUAUAAUUACGACCACACUUUCACCUCCCUCCUCUCCACCCUCUCCUCCUCCCUCACCUCUCUCCACCCCUCCGCCUUCGCCAACCCCCGGCACCCGGAGCUGCUCGAUGCGGUCAAAAAGGGGCUGCAGGGGGUUGUCGAGCAGAUGGAGCGGGUGUAUGUGAACGGGUAUGAUGGGUCAGAUAACGUUAUAAUGAUCGGUGUAAACACGAAAAAAGUUACGGAUGAUGGAAAAAAUUGUGCUAAGAUAUUUUUUACAAUUCUGGAGAGGUUGUAUAGAGAUAUGGACAAGUUGAGAGAAACGUGUAGGACUAACUCCAACAAAAGUCAAAUUUGUUUGUAUGACUGGGAUAACAAUAAGAAAACAAGGAACGAUAACCCUCUAGGAAACUGGUACAGCGUCGCGGUUAUGUAUUGUCUGCUGAUAAAGACACGCAAAAUGGUGAGUUAG